GUAGAAUUCACUGAUUCGCUGAUUAUCAAAGGCAUUUCAUAAUCUCUCUUCUUCCAGGAGGUACCUCAGGUUGUCGAUAGCGAUGAUGGAAACUUCAAACACCGUAUACGUGAUUGUUUGUCUAAUCUGUUUGUCAACAUGUGUGUCAACAAGUGUGUCAACACGUGUGUCCAGACAGUCAAAUACAGGCUUGACGAAUAACAGCACUACCAAGGCACUAGUAAAGAAAUUGACGGAUGGAUAUGGCGAGACCUCUGUUCGACCGGUUUACAACUACCGGCAGACAACGUAUGUCUAUCUACGAAUGCUUAUAUACGAACUCGUUGCAUUUAAUGAGCACAGUCAACAUAUAACUCUACGAUCUAACAUGAAAAUGACCUGGAGGGAUGAGUAUCUACAGUGGGAUCCAAGUGAAUGGGAUGGCAUCACUUCAGUAACCCUUCGUCCCAGUGAUAUAUGGAAACCAGACUUCGAUUUGGAGCAGAAUGUGGAGAGGGUCCAUUUUAUCGUCGCCGACACCUAUGUGAUCGCUGAUUAUACUGGCACAGUGAGGUGGAUAUUUCCCGUCAUCACGACCACUGCUUGUAAAAUCAACAUCGUAUACUUUCCAUACGACGUUCAACAAUGCAAUGUGACCUUCUACCCGUGGACAUUGGACAAUUCACAGAUGCGGCUUCUUGCAGAGGACGACGAUGAUGCCCAUCAACAGAUGUACAUCCGCAAUGGUGUAUGGGACCUGACAAAUUUUCAAGCCGCAAACGAGAGUAUCCCCUACAAGUGUUGCCCACAUCCAUUUGAUCAUGUGGUCUAUACGCUGGACUUAGCCCGGGAGGCAGCAUUCUUCACCACGCAGAUCGUAAUGCCUUCCGUGUUCUUGAGCAUUCUGAUGUUGAUCAGUUUCUGGCUCCAUCCUGACUCGGGUGAGAAGAUUAGUUUGACUGUCACCAAUCUCCUGGCUCUAAUUCUCUUCCAGCAGCUUGUAGCUCAGUUCAUGCCACCGACUGGCGAGCCAAGGUCUAUAGUUGUGACGUGUUUCUUCAUCCUGAUUGCCCUGAGUGCUUGCUCUGUGAUCUUAACCGUCAUCGUCCUCCGUGUCUACCACACGAACGUCGAUUCGUUACCGCCAUCAUGGGCCUUCAUGCUUCUGCGCAUCUUCAUCAAUCGAAAAGUAGAAAAGACGAUGAGUGCUUUCUACGACGAGAAUUCUAGACUGAAAGGUACACGUGACGUCGAACUGUCUACCUCCAAGUCGCCAUCAUCGUGCGAGGCGGUUACCGAAUCGACCUCACUGAAAGAAGGCAGUAUCAACGGGAAGACAAACGAGAUAGCGGAUAGCGAGGAAGAACUGGAUUACAGUUUUAUGUGGAAACAUCUUGCUCUUGCGAUUGAGAGAGUCUUUGGUAUUAUUCUAAGUGCUUGUAUGCUGGUAUGUGUCAUAUACGCGUUGGUAGCUUUCGGCUCCCGCCAUUGAUUCAAAAUUAAGAAUCCCCGAGUAGCAGAGUUAUGCCUAGGUCACAUUCGCUCUACGGCUAUCGAGAGAUACUUUCGGCGGCCGUAGACAAUCUGCUGUGGUCUCAGGGCGUAGGCCCUGUCCCUAUCUUUACAGGCCGUACAGGUCGCCGUCGGAUGAUAACGCGGAGUUUGAACUGUUUUCAUUUCUAGGUUCGCCGUAGCGAUUAGACACGCCGUAGCCAUGCCGUAGAGCGGUUCCACGGCGACCGUACGUCGGGCGUACGGUGGCGUCGCGUUUUAUAUACCCCAGGAGUGAAGCGGUAGCAUCAGUCUGGCCGCACGGUCGCCGUAUGGUCCCCCUUCGACCGCCUUACGGGAACCUUGCGGCUACCUUGCGUCUGCCUUAGUAUUUGUCAAAAACAUACGGCCGCCGCAGGGACGCCCUAAGGCGACCGUACGUCAUCACUUCAAAGGCCGUACGGCAGUCGCAGAUUUUCUGUCUCCA